GGGAGGGGGAGGCAGGGGAGGCGGUGAUGUGCUCCAGCUGCCUCCCUGCUGGGGGAUCGGCUGUAGAUCUCGUCACCUCGCCCAGGGAUCUGUGCACCGGAGGAGGGUACAGGGCAUUCUUCUCCCCGGGCAGGCUCCAGGGCUCCUGCAAUGUCCGAGGCGGCUGCAGACGGAGGCUCGGUGGUGGGCAGUGCUGCACCCCAAGGUUCUCCGGCCGCGGUGGUAGCGGCAGCAGCGGCGACUACGGUUGCAGCCGGAGGAGCAGCCCGGGGAGCGGAGAGUCCGACUGUGGGAGGUGCUGGGGCUGCACCGCUAAGGAUCGCGGCCAAGAAGGGGCAGCACCGCUCAGCUCCCCGGGUCAAGAAACUGGAGAAACUCGGAGUGUACUCCGCCUGUAAGGCUGAUGAAACCUGUAAAUGCAAUGGAUGGAAGAACCCUAAUCCUCCUCCCACCCCACCCAGAAUGGAUUUUCAGCAGACAGUUGUGAGUCUUACUGAGCCAUGUCGUAGUUGUUCUCACACACUUGCAUCACAUGUUUCCCAUUUGGAGAUUGUAUCAGAAGAAGAAAUUAAUAGACUUCUGGGGAUUGCGCUAGAUGUGGAAUACUUGUUCACUUGUGUACACAAAGAAGAAGAUGCUGAUACCAAACAAGUCUAUUUUUAUCUAUUUAAGCUUUUAAGGAAAUGCAUUCUGCAAAUGGGGAAGCCCGUAGUGGAAGGAUCUCUGGAAAGUCCACCAUUCGAAAAGCCCAGUAUUGAACAGGGUGUAAAUAAUUUUGUACAAUAUAAAUUUAGUCAUUUACCAGCAAAAGAACGGCAGACUAUUAUAGAGUUGGCUAAAAUGUUUCUAAAUCGUAUCAACUACUGGCACCUAGAAACACCUUCACAACAGAGGCAGAGAUCCCCAGCUGAAGACAUUGCUGCCUACAAAGUCAAUUACACAAGGUGGCUCUGUUACUGCAACGUCCCCCAAUUUUGCGACAGCUUGCACCGAUACGAAACCACUCAGGUGUUUGGACGUACAUUGCUGCGUUCAGUGUUCACGGUCAUGAGACGGCAGCUGCUGGAACAGGCCAGGCAGGAGAAAGAUAAACUUCCCCAGGAGAAGAGAACAUUAAUUUUGACCCAUUUUCCAAAAUUCUUGUCUAUGUUGGAAGAAGAGAUUUACAGUCAUGAUUCACCUAUAUGGGACGAAGAUUUUUUAUCUACAUCCUCUCGAGCAAAUGAGCUUGGAAUUCAAGCAGUGAUUAUAAAUCCACCAGUUGCCAGGACAGUUACUUAUGUGACCAGCCCAUCAUCACUUGACCAGUCAAACAGUGGGAGUUUAAGUCCAUCCAGUAAGCCAGCACUUGACUCAAAUUCAGGUGAUAAAAGGAAAAGCAGCGAACCAUAUUCUGGGGAAGAAGCCAAGAAACCAAGAGUUGUAGGAGACAUUCCUAUUGAAUUAAUCAAUGAGGUCAUGUCAACAAUUACAGAUCCUGCUGCCAUGCUGGGCCCAGAGACAAGCUUCUUAUCUGCUAUUUCUGCCAGAGAUGAAGCGGCCAGGCUGGAGGAGCGCAGGGGAGUAAUUGAGUUUCAUGUGGUUGGGAACUCUCUAAACCAGAAACCCAACAAGAAGAUCAUGAUCUGGCUCAUUGGCUUACAGAAUGUCUUCUCACAUCAACUACCUAGGAUGCCUAAAGAGUAUAUCACUCGCCUUGUCUUUGAUCCAAAACACAAAACCCUUGCUUUAAUCAAAGAUGGCCGUGUGAUUGGAGGAAUCUGCUUUCGAAUGUUUCCAAGUCAAGGAUUCACAGAAAUAGUUUUUUGUGCAGUGACAUCAAAUGAACAAGUAAAGGGCUAUGGGACUCAUUUAAUGAAUCAUUUGAAGGAGUACCAUAUCAAGCAUAAUGUGCUCAACUUUCUUACCUAUGCUGAUGAAUAUGCAAUAGGCUAUUUCAAGAAACAGGGCUUUUCUAAAGAUAUUAAAGUACCUAAAGCAAGGUAUGUUGGAUACAUCAAGGACUAUGAAGGAGCCACUUUAAUGGGAUGUGAGUUAAAUCCCAGGAUCCCAUACACUGAAUUCUCUGUUAUUAUUAAGAAACAGAAAGAGAUCAUCAAAAAAAUGAUUGAAAGGAAACAAGCACAGAUAAGGAAAGUGUAUCCCGGCUUGUCUUGCUUCAAAGAAGGAGUGCGGCAAAUACCUAUUGAAAGCAUCCCUGGAAUCCGGGAGACGGGCUGGAAGCCAAGCGUAAAAGACAGAAGUAAAGAGCCAAAAGAUGCAGAACAGCUGUACAACACACUGAAGAAUAUUCUGCAGCAGGUGAAGAGUCACCAAAGUGCAUGGCCUUUCAUGGAGCCAGUGAAAAGAACAGAAGCACCAGGAUACUAUGAAGUUAUAAGAUUUCCCAUGGAUCUUAAAACCAUGAGUGAACGUGUGAAGAACCGAUAUUAUGUAACAAAGAAGCUUUUCAUGGCAGAUCUACAGAGAAUCUUCACAAACUGCAGGGAGUACAAUCCACCAGAGAGUGAAUAUUUUAAAUGUGCAAACAUCCUGGAGAAAUUCUUCUAUACUAAAAUUAAAGAAGCGGGGCUGAUUGAGAAAUGAAUAGUGACUACGAUUUUAUAUUAAAAUGUCCCACCAGGCAUACUCUUCUGCCCGAUCCGACAUCAACCAUGGAAAAAGGCAGUUGCAAUAGUGUGUUGCUCAGUAGAUGUCAUGCACGGUUUCCUUUUCUAAUUAAUCCUUAACCCCUUAAGGACAUAGGACAUAAAUGUAUAUCCUGGUGCGCUGGUAUUUAAUGCACCAGGACGUUCAUUUACAUCCUGUACAUGACGCGAGCACCAAACUGGUGCUCGCAUAAAUGAAUAGCAGGCUAUCAGCAGCCAGCGACCCGCCGGUAAUGGCGGACAUCAGCAAUGCCGCACUUUAAAUGGCUGAUCUGAUCGCCCACGGCAUGGCCCGGGAUGAGAUCAUCCAAGUUGGCGGAUGGAGGCAGGUGAGAGGACCUCCGUCCGCCAUCUUGGCUGAUCUGACCCCGGGGCUGUGCCAUCAUCUUCUUCUCAGGUCUGACAUCAAGCAGAACAGAGAAGCAGAUCGCUGCUAAUACUGAUCAGUGCUAUGCCUAUGCAUAGCACUGUUCAGUAUAUGCAAUCUAAUGAUUACUUUAAAAAGUUCCCUAUGGGGACAUAAAAAGUGUAAAAAAAAAAAAAAGUUAACUUUUUUUUUUAAAGCCCCUCCCCCAAUAAAAAUGUAAAUUGCCCCUUUUCCCACUUUACCCCCAAAAAGCGUAAAAAAGAAAUGAAGAAACAUAUUUUGUAUUGCCUCAUGCACAAAUAUCCGAACUAUCAAUAUAUAAUAAUGAUACCGUACGUUGAAUGUCGUGAACAUAAAAACUAAAAAAAAGUCCUAAAUUGCUGUGUUUUGGUCACAUCACAUUCCAAAAAAUAUAUAUAAAAUGCGAUCAAAUACUCAGAUCUAUGCAAAAGUGGUACAAAAAAAAAUAAUAAACCUAAAGAUUACGACUCAAAAAAUUAGCCCUCAUACAGACCCGUAUACGGAAAAAUGAGAAACUUAUAGGUGGUUAAAAUAGGGCAAAUUUAAGUUUUUUUUAAAAGCAGUACAAUAAUAGGAAAAGGAUAUAAUCAUAUCAUUUUAUUUGUAUUUACCCACAGAAUAAUAAAACAUGUCAUUUUUACCAUAAAGUGUACAGACCAAAGACAAAACCUUCCAAAAUUUGCUAAAUUUCAGUUUUCUUUUCAAUUUCCUUAUGCAAAUAAUCAUUUUUGGGUUUGUUGUACAUUUUAUGGUAGAGUGAUGUCCUUACAAAGUACAAUUGGGAAUGAAAAAAACAAGCCCUAACAUUGGUCUGCAGAUGGAAAUAUAAAAGAGUUAUGAUUUUUAGAAGGCGAGGAGGAAAAAACGAAAACGCAAUAAUAAAAUUGGCUGUCCUUAAAGGGGUGCUCCGGUGAAAACCUUUUUUCUUUUAAAUCAACUGGUGGCAGAAA